AUGUCUCAAAAGCCAGGGUGGUUCCGUCGACCAGUUCAAAUGGCCAAAGUGCAAUGGAAUGUGUUAUCACCCAAGAAGAAGUUGCUCUGUUGUGCCGUGGGUGUUCUGAUCAGCCUGUCCCUGUUUCUUUCUCUAGUGGACCUGAUGUUUUCCACAUACCUGUUUAACAUCAAGAGUGGUGCUGCGACUAUUUUAUUAUCUCCCAACAAGUUUUCUGUAGUGAUCAAUAGUUACAAACGACCUCGAGAACUCCAAGAUGCCAUUCAACACUAUGCUUCCCGAUGCAGCCACCUUGUUGACCAAGUAUUCAUCGUUUGGUCGGCGGACCAAGGAGAUCCUCCCAAAAAGAAACCACACAAAGUCCCAGUCAGCUUUAUCCCCACCAAAAAUUCAUUAAACAGUCGCUUCUUGCCCAUUGACGAGGCAUCUGAUGCCAUCUUUAUGGUGGAUGAUGAUGUCAGAGUCAACUGCCAGGCAUUAGAUUUGGCGUUUGCGGCUUGGAGAAUCAAACCCUCUUCCAUGGUGGGAUUCUACCCUCGAUUGGCUGUGGAAGACAGUGAUGGAUCCUUUGCCUACCACGCAUGGCCGGUGCUGUUUUUUCGACAACAAUCCAACUUGGUCCUGACCAAGGCCAGCUUUCUACACAAACAAUACAUGAAAUUCUACAGUGAUAGCUCAAGACACCCACAAGAAAUUCUGGACUAUGUUGACAAAUACUUCAAUUGCGAAGAUAUUGCCAUGUCAUUGUUGGUAGCAAAUGUCACCCGUGACAACCAGGGAGUACCCGCGCUGCCACUGUAUGUUGAAGCCAGUGUCACGGACCGAGGAAUCUUCAAUGGCAUUAGUACCAACACAGGACACAUGGGCCAAAGAUCCAAGUGUCUUCAUGACCUAGUGGCAAUCUACAGAUCUCAUGGUUGGAAAUCACCCAUGGAUUAUGCAUUCCCCUUGCGCCAAGCAUCCUUUCAACAACACUUUCCAGGAUUUUGGUGGCAAGCAAAACCCAGCAAUUUCUUUGAAUGGUUCGCAGUGAGUUGUCGGACCAGUUCAAGCAAAUCCAGUUUGAGGAUAGAGUAG